AUGUUGGGAAAGAUUUCUGAUUUUUUCAAAUCAAUGACAAAAAUUGAGCCAAAUGAGAGAAGCAAGUCAAUAAUUGAACAAGAAGUUAUUGAAAUUUCCGACUCUAGUUCUGAGACAGAACAAAAUUUUAUCAAACGGAAGCCAGAGCGACAAUCAAGCAACAAGAAAAUUGAAGGUAAAAGCUUUAAAAAUGAAAAAAAGUGCAACGAGAAAGUUGAGAAAAAUAUCAAAAAUGAGCCUGAACGAGAAUUUGUGAUUGAAAUUCAUACAAAGCUGCCAAAAUUACAUCAAAGUUCUUCAACCUUAAAUCAAAAUUCGACAACUUCUCCCAAAAAAACUACAAAAUCACCUAAAAACUCUACAGAAAAUCUUAAAAAACCCAAAAAAAAUCAAAAAUAUGAAAAAAUUUCAAAAUUUUUGUCUGAGAAUGUCAACGAUUGUAAGUUUUGCGAUAAAACAUUCACAAACAAAGGAUACAUUUACGAUCAUCUUAGACGAGUUCACAGCGACAAAAUCAAAGAGUGCCUUUUUAAGUGCAAUUUGUGCCAUCAGACGUUCUUCCACGAAUAUUAUCUCGACACGCACAUUAAGACCAAACAUAAAGAUGGUAAAGUCGAGUCAUUUAUGUGCGAUUAUGAUGCGAAAACAUUCAAAAAGAAGAAUUCUCUGAGACUGCACAUGAGAUCUCAUCUUCAAAAAAUGAGCUGUAAAAUCUGUAAAGCAAAACUUAAUGUCGUAAGCUUCCGAAUGCAUAUGACGACGCAUGACUCAAGUAAGAAUUUUAAAUGUAAAAUUUGUGAUAAAAGUUUUAGAAGCAAUCGUCAUCUUACCGAACACGAACAGACUCACGACAAAAAGUUUGAAUGUAGCAUCUGCAACAAGAAGUACGCAAUCAAGAAGCAAAUCCGCAGACAUUAUAAGCACUUCCAUCAGGACCUAAAAACGGAAAUUUGUGAGAUUUGUGGCAAAAAAUUCGCUGAUAAACCAAACUUGAAACAACACGUGCCUACUCAUGACAAGAAUCGUCCGAAACCAUUCAAAUGUGACAAAUGUGGACAUACAACAACAACAAUGCAACGUAUACAGAAUCACAUGAAACGUCACGAAAAUGAGAAUAAGCGAUUAGCAGCUUUGGUAAAUCCAAAGAAAUGCAAUAUAUGUGGAAAAUAUUUUAAGGAUAAUUUUGCUGUGUACGCUCAUCGACUUAGUGUCCAUACGGCAAUUAAGCAUCAGUGUGACUUGUGUGGAAAUUAUUAUAAAAGUCGAAAUAGUUUACCUUAUCAUAUGCGAUUUAAUCAUUUAAAUAAGAAGGAGGUAAAGAGUUAA